UCUCUCUCUCUCAGGCACUCUCUCUCUCCGGCAACCUCUCUAUCAGGCUCUCUCUCUCUCAGGUAAGAGUUUCUAGGAUCUCUGUAAUCUAUAUCCUAUAAGUUAUGUUGUGGGUUUUGUUUGCAUCUGUAGAUUGUUCAUAAAUUGUUCUUCUUUGGUUGCAUCUCUCUCUCAGGCGUGCUCUCUCUCCAGCUCUCUCUCUCUCUCUCUCAUACGCUCUCUCUCUCUCUGGCAACCUCUCUUUCAGGCUCUCUCUCUCUCAGUUUACUUUGAAGAUAGUUGCAGAAACCUUUGAAGAGAAACAAUGACAUCCAUCCCUGGAACUGAUUGACAGAAACUCUAGUGGAUAAGCAGUUCCUUCAAGCAGCUCUUACACUUCUAGCUUAAAGUCUCCAAGAUACAAUGAUGAAUAGUAAGGACACGUUUAGGUUCUUAGUUGAAGAUGACGACAUGGAUUUGAUACUAGAUGAGGAGAAACACAUGUUUGCUCUUUUAGAAGAAACGUAUGGAGUGGCAGAAACAAAUAUUAACAAACAGUUAGUGAGGACAAACCGAGGUGGAGGUUGGCGUCGAGUGCAACGUUUCAUGAACGAUUCCGAGGUACAGUGCUAUGAGAUUCUUUGCAUGAACCAAGCAACGUUUAAUAGCUUAUGUAAGAUACUAUCAGAGAAGUAUCAGCUAGAAGAGACUUGCCAUGUUUACUUAGAGGAGAGUGUAGCAAUGUUUUUAGAGAUGGUUGGACAAGAUUUAUCCGUACGGGCGUUAGCUGAGAGAUACCAACAUUCAUCUGACACAGUGAAUAGGAAGAUAGAUGAGGUUUUAAGUUCUUUGUUGAAACUUGCAGCAGACAUUGUGAAACCUGAAAGGGAUGAGUUUGCAAGUGCUAGUCCUAUUCUAGUAGAUGAUCCGCGAUAUUAUCCUUUUUUUAAGGAUUGCAUAGGUGCUUUAGAUGGAACUCAUGUGCCGGUUCGUCCUCCUUCUGAGAAUGCCGAUCCAUUCAGAGGUAGAAAAGGAGAACCAACUAUGAAUGUCUUAGCUAUAUGUAAUUUCAGCAUGAAAUUCAUAUAUGCUUAUGUUGGGGUUCCUGGGAGAGCACAUGAUACAAAAGUGUUGACAUAUUGUGCUAAGGAAGAAGCUUCUUUUCCUCAUCCUCCAGUUGGAAAGUAUUAUCUAGUAGACUCUGGAUACCCAACUAGAACUGGUUAUUUAGGACCUCACCGUAGAACUAGAUAUCACCUGGAUCAGUUUGUUAGAGGAGGACCACCGACAAACAGCAGAGAGUUAUUCAACCGAAAACAUUCUGGCUUGCGUUCGGUAAUUGAGAGAACAUUUGGAAUAUGGAAGGCUAAGUGUAGGAUUCUUGACAGGAAGCACCCUAAGUAUGAGCUGAAUAAAUGGGUGAAGAUUGUGACAGCAACAAUGGCUCUCCACAAUUUUAUAAGAGAUUCAAACCAUGAGGAUUGUGAUUUUGCACAUUGGGAAAGAGUGGAAGAAUAUGAACAUCAUGGGGAUGAAGAUGAUCAUGUUGCAUACGUACCAGCUGGAGAUAAAGUCAUGGAAGCUAUGCGAGAUUCCAUUACUGAAGAGAUGGCGAGGACGUCGACUUCCAUACUAGAUAAGCAAGCUGUGAAGAAGGAUUUGUUUCAGUUGUUUGAUGAGAAAGUUAAGAGACCACAAGGGGUUGGAAUCAAGAUGGGCUGUUAUGGAGCUCACGUGUGGGUUUGUAAAUUUGUUUCCUUCUUCUUUCUGUUCACUUCUAGUAUGGGUUUGUAGUUUUGUUUCCUUUGGACCAAUUGAUAAUGCAAACUCAUUAUCCUUUUAUGUUUUUAUUUACCAUGAUCUAUUUAAAGUUUUUGAGACUA